AUAUGUUAACGUUACCAUAGUAAAAUGUACAAGAUUGCGAAGACAUCUCAUAUCGACCUCCUAGCUAGGGCUCCUAGUAGACUUGGGUGGACAGGGAGAGUGUUAUAAUUUAGAAGAUAAACGACGUAAAUCUACAAAGACAAGAGAGAAAUUAGGGUGUUAGUGAUUUUCUCGAAAGAAUCAAAAUCUGAUGGAUUAUGCAGCUAUUCUCCGUCGAUACAGAUUUCGAAUAUGUACUACGAAAACCGAAACGGCAGAGAAUAUGCUUCGGAUCCGGACAAUCGCGCGAUACCUCUCGGAGUGGUAUGAGUUCUUUCAUGAGACACUAUACUGCGGAAGAUUACCCCAACGUAGGACCCGGCUCUUACGACGUCCUGAAAUCUUUUAACGCCAUUAAGACCAGGUUAUGCCCUCACAGUAUCAGCAAAAAGGGCUACAGCGGUCUCGCUCGAUUCGCCAAACCUGUCACUCACGUGAAGGAUUAUACAUCUCCAUCCGAUUACAUUUCUGCUAUUCCUAAACAUGUUAAGAUACAAAAACACCCGUUUGCGCCUUCCAGUGACAGAAAGAUCUUCGAUAUAAGCAAAAAUCCAGGGCCCGGAACGUACGUCAGUAAGGAGACAAAAGGUGUUACGUUUGAACAGUUUGGUAGUAGAGUUAAAAUGCAACUUGGUGUUGCUGUCAAGUGUUGCAAUCGCAACACUGAUAUUUGCAAAAUAUGUGGCAAAACACCAACGGGAGAUUAUUGGCACCUGAAUAAUAAAAUCUUCUUGUGUAAAAUCUGCAUGUCAAGUGAAUUUCAGAAGCAAAUGAAAUUUAAGAAAAAACUCGAAUUGUUUCGCGUAAGUUUUUAACGUUAUUAAUUUAAAUCUUCCUCCUAAAUCAUGCAUAGUGGCAGUAGUUUUCACUAAA